AUGGCGUCCAGAAGCCUUAUUCCGUUUCUUGUAGCUAUGAUGCUGCUCACAGGUGUUUGCAACACCUUGUUGACCAAGUAUCAGGAUAACCAAUGCGUUCGCAAUUGCGGCUCCGAUGACAACCCGCGAAAGCGCGCCUUCUUCAACCAGCCAGUGCUCCAGACGGCGCAGAUGUUUAUCGGCGAGAUGGGCUGCUGGUUGGUUGUUGGACUCAUGGCACUCUGGCGUCGAUUCAAGGGCUCUGCCCCGGAACAACGAGGUUACCAAGCUGUGAACACCGAAGAAGGCGCCGAUAGCACAGCUGAACCUGAAGCCAACGACCGUACCAAACUCUUGCAUACCGGCCCGUCCGUUCUGAGAGGGUAUCGCGUCACCCUUCUUGCUCUGCCCGCUAUCUGCGAUAUCUGUGGUACUACACUGAUGAACGCCGGACUUCUGAUGGUGGCUGCAUCUAUCUACCAAAUGACCCGAGGCGCCCUAGUCCUCUUUGUCGGCCUUUUUAGCGUCAUCUUCCUCAAGCGACACCUGCAUCUCUUCCAAUGGCUCUCCCUCGUGGGUGUUGUUCUUGGAGUUGCGGUUGUGGGACUUGCUGGUGCCAUUUGGCCUGACGAGAAGCCCGAGGGUUCUAUUGGAACCCCGGAAGAGGACUCUCUAGCUGAUGGUGGCUUGUCAGAUGCCACUAGAGCCAUUGUCGGUGUCCUUCUCAUUGCAGGUGCUCAGAUUUUCACGGCCACACAGUUUGUCCUUGAGGAAUGGCUCCUAGAACGAUCUUCGAUCGAGCCACUCAGAGUAGUUGGAUGGGAGGGUAUCUUUGGCUUCAGUUUCACUCUGUUGGGCAUGCUCAUUCUGCAUGCGGCCAUCGGCUCAACUGACGCUGGCCGAUACGGAUAUUUCGACAUCGUCGAAGGCUGGCGCCAAAUGACUGAGAACAAGCAAGUUCUGUUCUCUAGUUUCCUCAUCAUGAUCAGUAUUGGUGGCUUCAAUUUCUUUGGUUUGUCCGUAACUCGAAGCGUCAGCGCGACCUCUAGAUCUACCAUUGAUACAUGCAGGACCUUGUUUAUCUGGGUUGUCUCUCUAGGCUUGGGUUGGGAGACUUUCAAGUGGCUCCAGAUCCUUGGCUUUGCUCUGCUCGUAUACUUCACCUUCCUGUUUAACGGAAUUGUCCAGCCUCCCUUUGAGUUCUUGAAGGUCCCCGAUGAGGAGAUUGAGGAGCUCUUGCCCGAAGACCCAAUCGAGCAUCGCUAG